AUUCAAUCAAUAAUGUGUAACGCGUUUGAAAUCUCCCGCUACGGUUUUCUAGAGAAUAUAUGCUAAACAUUAUUUGCAGUCCUAAUUUCGAAUUCCAAAUCUUUAUCGGUGCUUUGCAAGGGUUCGUAGUCUCAGAACACGAGACCAAGUUGUUCACAUUCAAAUCCUUCCUACACCUCGUAGUCUCAUAAUUUUCUUGGAUAUAUUGCUCUCCAUAAUUCCUUAGCAUACGACGUACUUUCUGGUUAGACGCAAAUCUACCAAAGGCUGAACGUUGAAACUUCCUUUUUACCAAAUUAACAUGUGGUUCACCAAACUUAAAAGUUUAAACCCUAUUUUGAUGUCCCAAGCCUUUCGGAGCUCUACCAAAGCACAUACUUUCGACAUAGCCAUUGUUGGAGGUGGGAUUGUGGGUUUAGCAACGGCUCGUGAAUUAGCACUUCGGUUUCCAAGAUUUCGGUUCGCCCUUCUGGAAAAAGAAGAAGAAUUGGCGAUGCAUCAAUCUGGCCAUAACAGUGGUGUUAUUCAUGCAGGUAUUUACUACACUCCUGGCUCUCUAAAAGCUAAGCUAUGUGUUGAAGGUUUGAAGAAGUCGUAUGAAUAUUUUGAAGCAAACAAUGUGCCUUACAAGAAAUGUGGGAAAUUAAUCGUUGCAGUUAAUGAACUUGAGCUUCCGCGUCUAGAAAAGCUGUACAGUUUUGCCCAGCAAAACGGUGUGCCCAAUGUUUCUUACAUUUCAGGUGAUAAAAUAAGAGAGAUCGAACCUAACUGUGUUGGUUUAAAAGCAAUUCAUUCUCCUGAAACAGGUAUAGUUGAUUGGAGAACAGUAACUUUAUCAUAUGCCAAAAAUUUCGUUGCGUCUGGUGGGAUUAUAUAUAAGUCCUUUAAGGUAGGCGAAAUCUCAGAAACGAGUGAAAAUGUGGAUUACCCUGUUUUGAUCAAGAACAUUAAUAGUGGAUCAAACAAUUCAGCUCAUAUUUCACGAGUCACAUGCAAGUAUGUGAUUACUUGUACAGGUUUGCAGUCUGACCGUGUUGCUAAGAUGUCUGGGUGUUCUCCAAAUCCUGUCAUCAUACCGUUUCGAGGUGAUUAUUUAGUUUUGAAAUCUGAAAAUUCCCCUUUAAUAAAUGGAAAUAUAUAUCCUGUUCCUGAUCCCCGUUUCCCAUUCUUGGGUGUCCACUUCACUCCACGUUUAGAUGGAUCCGUUUUGCUUGGGCCAAAUGCUAUCCUAUCAUUAAAUCGGGAAGGUUAUGGACGUUUCGAUUUUAACUUCAAAGAUUGCUUUGAUCUCGCAUCUAACCCUGGACUUCGGAAACUCAUUUUCCGUUAUUUACGUUUUGGUGUGAAUGAAAUAAUUGAUGGUUUAUUUAUUAAUCGCCAGGUCAAGCGGCUUAAGAUGUAUGUACCUAGCUUAAAUGUUAAAGAUGUCGCCAGGGGCCCAUCUGGAAUAAGAGCCCAAGCGAUUGACUCAGAUGGGACGUUAGUGGAUGACUUUGUAAUUCAUUUUGGCGAUGGCAAGAUUGGUAAAAGAAUUAUGCAUGUACGUAAUGCACCAUCACCAGCCGCAACAGCCUCUUUGGCUAUUGGUUGUGUACUGGCCGAUAAAGCACAAGAGUGCUUUGAUCUAUCUCUUAGCGAAUCAAGAAGUUUUGUUUAGUGUUCUGUGCACGUUCCUUGAUGCAAAUUUGGCCUCUUCUGUUUUAAUUUCUAUCAUCUAAAAGAACAAAUGGCUCUUGUUUCCUGAUCAUUUACUUUAAUUUAGCGUCUAUUUUCUUCUCAGGGGAAUUGAACAUUAGUGAAUUGUUUGUGGUUACUUUGAUAAUGAUUCUCUAUCCUUUAAAGUAUCUGGUCUGUAUUAUUACAAAUGAUCAAAAAUUACAAUAAUUUAGAUUCCGAAGUAACAAUUUUCAUUUACCUUACUAUCUAUUGCUCAGUUGAUCUAUUGGUUCAACAUUGUAUCGAACUGUGUUAUUUUGUUGUAAUUACUAGAUAUAUGAUACGGUAUCGUAAACAAUUAUAAGUACUCCUGUAAUUGAUGAUUAAUUUUAGUAUAGAACUAUUCCUGUAAAUCAUUUUGUUUAUUUGCGACCCUAUUUUUUAUACGUAGAAUAUAGCCAACCAACCCAACACAUCACAUGUUUACAAAAUGAGUGUUAUGAUGAAAAGUAUGCAUAUUUACAAUCACUUGAAAAAUGACCACUUAUUAAUUGAACAUUAGUUACGUGAUGUGGUCUUACGCUUUUCUUGUGCUGAUUCCAAAGUAUUUGUAUGGUAUUUAUUUAAUAAACAAUGAUGUGAAGAA